GCAGUGUUUCUAUUGGGCUUAUAUCCCAAAGAAAUACUAAAGAAGGGAAAGGGACCUGUAUGUGCCAAAAUGUUUGUAGCAGCCCUAUUUGUAGUGGCUAGAAACUGGAAAAUGAAUGGAUGCCCAUCAAUUGGAGAAUGGCUGGGUAAAUUGUGGUAUAUGAAUGUUAUGGAAUAUUAUUGUUCUGUAAGAAAUGACCAGCAGGAUGAAUACAGAGAGGACUGGCGAGACUUACAUGAACUGAUGCUAAGUGAAAUGAGCAGAACCAGGAGAUCAUUAUACACUUCGACAACGAUAUUGUAUGAGGACAUAUUUUGAUGGAAGUGGAUUUCUUUGACAAAGAAACCUAACUAAGUUUCAAUUGAUAAAUGACGGACAUAAGCAGCUACACCCAAAGAACGAACACUGGGAAACAAAUGUGAACUAUCUGCAUUUUAGUUUUUCUUCCCGGGUUAUUUAUACCUUCUGAAUCCAAUUUUCCCUAUGCAACAAGAGAACUGUUCGCUUCUGCAAACAUAUAUUGCAUCUAGGAUAUACUGCAACAUAUCCAACAUAUAAAGGACUGCUUGCCAUCUAGGGGAGGGGGUGGAGGGAGGGAGGGGGAAAAAAAAUCGGAAAAGAAACGAAUGCAAGGAAUAAUGUUGUCAUUAUAAAGUAAUCAUUAAAAAAAAAGAAAAUUUAAAAGCUUUAAUUUAAAAAAAGAAAAAGAAAACGUGGAUAAACUUGUACAAAAUAAUGAAAAAUGAGAUGAACAGAACCACAAAGCAUUGUAAAGCAAUAGUGCUUUACGGACAACAUCAAGCAACUAAGUCAUUUUGACUAUUAUAAAUACCCAAAUUAAUACCCAAAAAUAUGGCCUUUUUUUUAAGGACAUAUGAAGGAAGAUACUAUCUGCAUCCAGAGAAAGAAUUGAUAAAUAGGAAGUAUGUAUAAAAUGAUUUUACAUCCAUAUAUAUAUAUAUAUGCAUGUAUAUAUGUGUGUGUAUUUAUUUGUGUCUAAAAGUAGCCAUCUCUAGAGUGGAGAGGGUGAGGAAAGAAGAAAAAAGAACAAAGUUACAUGAUUACUUUAUUAUAUAUUGUAUAGGCACAGCAAGUUGUACAUAAUAGAUUUGCAGUUUCAUGUGCAAUCUUUUUUUAAAAUUCUACUCUGUUAGAGAAAUGCCUGUUUUAUUUCUUAAGUUCAGAAUAAAAUAAAAUUAAAAAGAGGUAUUACCAUUUGCUUUGCUCCUGUACCCUAAGGACUGUGAGAUCCUUUCAUCUAACUUGCAACUGAAACCUUCCAUUACACAUUGUAUCCUCCAUUACAAUGUGAGCUCCUCAAGAGCAAGGACUCUCCUGUAUCUUUGUAUUCUCAAUGUUUUAUACUUAGCAAAGGCAUAGUAAAUACUUCAUUCAGAUUUUAAAAAAAGCAGAGCAAUAGAGAGACUGUAUAUAGGUAACAAGUAGCAGAUCUGAGUCACCUGGAAUCCUCCAAGAUCUCUGAAAGGACAAAUAUUCCCCUGCUGCCUCUAAAGCAAACCCUACUGCUAGGGGAUAGUAUCCCCAGUACAUUUCUUUUUGAGCACUUUGGAGUCUAGGUGUGCUGGAGGUAGGUGCUAUAACACUUCCAGGAUCAGUUGCUAGGUUACCUCUCCUAAAAGGCUGCUUUUCUGCUUGAUGGCUCCAGGAUGAGCAGACUGGAAGUUGUGAUAUGAGGGAAGGGAAUUAGGCACAUUGCUCUUCCAGGGGUUCUUGGGAUUAUCUGCCAUUCAGAGCAAUUUAUAUUGAUGGUGGCAGGAUUGCAGACCCCUUCUUCAUAGGAAUUGUUGUACUGAGUGACAGAUGAUAUGACACAUAACAGGGUCAAUAAAUGAUUGGCUGUCGAUUCACCUGAUUCACAAUUCUGCCAGGGCCUAGCCCUGCCUCUACUUUGAACUGCUGCUGGUUUUCUCCCAAUCCUUGGUGUACAACAGGAAGUAUACAAAACAAAAACUUCCCACCCACUAGUACUUUGUUCAUUGAGACUCAGGAUGGACAAGUUGUUCUUGCUCAACCUAUUUACCUUUCUUUGCCUGGCUGAGGGAGGAUUUUUAGCAAAACAAGAAGCAGACAAGAACUGCAACCUAUGUGCUGUUUUCCAUAUGGGGUUUUGUUAUACUGGCAUGAAGAGCUGCGCAGCGUCGGCUGGUGAGCACUGUGUGACCAAGAACAUCUUUGUAAUUCAAAAUACAGGUGAGGCUCGGUAUCAUUACUCAAAACUGACCUGUAAGUCAAAUUGUGUGUAUGAGGACACAACCUCCAAAAGAAAGAGGAUAGAAACACUCUGCUGCCGUAAGAGCCAUUACUGCAAUGUGCCAUUUGGGUCCCAGAUCCCUGCUUUCUAAGAUGGGAGGCUGAAUCCUAGAAAUGACCUCUUCUAGAGCUUUUUAUUCUGCUCUCUGAACCUCUAAAGCCAGCAAUUCUCUGGUUGGAUCCUGCUUUUAACAGAUAUGGGGGGUCUAAUAAUAUUGAUGUCUCUGCUCGGCUGAUUCAGAAGCUAAAUAGUUUGACAGCAUUAAAAACAUUGUCUCUAACAAACACA